AUGGGCCAUAUAGCUCCUGAAUACUUGUCAACCGGAAAGUCUUCAGAAAAGACAGAUGUUUUUAGUUACGGGGUUAUGCUUUUGGAGCUUGUUACAGGUCAACGUGCAAUUGACUUUUCGCGUUUGGAAGAUGAAGAUGAUGUGUUAUUGCUUGACCAUGUGAAGAAGCUACAGCGGGAGAAAAAACUAGACGCCAUUGUUGACAGCAACCUUAAAAAAGAGUACAACAUAGAAGAGGUUGAAAUGAUUGUUGACAAAACCACUUAG